AUGGAGGGUCGUUCUUUGGGUUUAAUAAAAGGUUCAUGGACCCGAGAAGAAGAUGCUCUUCUAAGGAWGUGCAUAGAGAAAUAUGGAGAGGGAAAAUGGCAUCUGGUUCCUURUAGAGCAGGCCUACGGAGAUGUCGAAAGAGCUGUAGAUUGAGAUGGUUGAACUAUCUUAAGCCGGAUAUUAAGAGAGAGAAAUUCACGUUGGAUGAAGCUGAUCUCAUAAUUAGGCUCCACAAACUCUUAGGCAACAGAUGGUCGUUAAUCGCAGGUAGACUGCCCGGGAGGACGGCCAAUGAUAUCAAGAAUUACUGGAACAGUAAACUGAGCAAGGAGAAUAUUUCUGGAGGGGAAGAGCUCGAUGUCCGAGACCUCAACCCCAUGGUCUCCAUGCACGCCGCCAUCAACGAGCUCCUUCUCGGUUCAACCCUCAAGUGCUCAGUCGCCAAGACCCCAUCGAAGACAAAGCUGAAGUUCCUCAAAAAGGCCCAGAAGUACAUCGCAGCCGAAGAGGCUUCAGUUGGGGACAGUCAGGAGAGGGCAAUCGAGCGCCAUAAUGGGCCCCUGGAGAAGAAGAGGAAGGGCAGGGACCACCACCAUCCCAACAACCAUAGCGGCAAGGAUAACAAGAAGCUACAGGGCUCAGCCCUGGCUUAG